ACGUUUUAUGACAAAAUAGCAAUAAACCUGAUGACAAAGUUGUCACUUCCUUGAGGACAUCAAGGACCAUCUCCUUCAGCCAUCUUUAUACUUAUUGCAAUAUUCUGGGCGUGUAUUCAAUAAGAUGUCGUUCGGAAAGUCCUUUGGUCCCACAGGGACUCCAGCAGUUAUUAUUGACUGUGGAACUGGGUACACAAAGAUGGGGUAUGCCGGUAACACAGAACCACAGUUCAUUGUGCCGUCAGCCAUUGCUGUAAAAGAAUCUGCAUCAGUCGGAGAUAAAGCUAUACAACGUCUUGGUAAAGGGGUGGAGGACCUCGAUUUCUUUAUUGGAGAUGAAGCUUUGAAUGCAACAUCAUACAGUGUAAAGUGGCCAGUUAGACAUGGAAUAAUUGAAGACUGGGAUUUAAUGGAACGAUAUAUGGAACAAGUGAUAUUUAAAUACCUCAGAGCUGAACCCGAGGAUCAUUAUUUUUUACUGACAGAACCGCCACUUAACACACCAGAAAAUAGAGAAUACACAGCUGAAAUAAUGUUUGAAUCUUUCAAUGUACCUGGAUUGUAUAUUGCUGUACAGGCUGUGUUAGCAUUGGCUGCUUCGUGGACAUCACGACAAGUAGGGGAGAGAACUCUAACAGGAACAGUGAUAGAUUCUGGGGAUGGUGUUACCCAUGUUAUUCCAGUAGCUGAAGGAUAUGUGAUAGGUAGUUGUAUUAAACACAUUCCCAUUGCUGGGAGAGAUAUAACAUAUUUUAUUCAGCAGUUAUUACGUGAAAGGGAAGUUGGCAUUCCACCAGAACAAUCAUUAGAAACAGCAAAAGCAAUAAAAGAAAGAUUUUCAUAUGUGUGUCCAGACAUAGCUAAAGAAUUUGCCAAAUAUGAUGCAGAUCCAUCAAAAUGGAUGAAGAAAUUUGAAGGCAUGAAUAGUAUAACCAGACAAAAGUUUGCUGUAGAUGUAGGCUAUGAAAGAUUCCUUGGUCCAGAAAUUUUCUUCCAUCCAGAGUUUUCAAAUCCAGACUUUAUAACACCUAUCUCAGAAGUUGUAGAUACAGUUAUACAGAAUUGUCCUAUAGAUGUCCGCAGAGGUCUUUAUAAGAAUGUAGUUCUAUCUGGAGGAUCAACAAUGUUUAAAGAUUUCGGUAGAAAAAUGCAGCGUGAUGUGAAGAGAGUCGUAGACGCAAGAUUAAAAAUUAGUGAAGAAUUAAGUCAAGGUAGAAUUAAGCCAAAACCAAUAGAUGUACAAGUGAUCACACAUCAUAUGCAGAGAUAUGCUGUAUGGUUUGGUGGUAGUAUGCUGGCAUCUACACCUGAAUUUUACAAAGUAUGUCACACAAAGGCAGAUUAUGAUGAGUAUGGACCAAGCAUUUGUAGACAUAAUCCAGUGUUUGGUACAAUGCAAUAACGUACAAACUGAUACUAGGACUAUUUUUAAAAUUGGACUGUAAUUGGAUGAAACUUUUGCUGGAUUCUUUAUUCAAAUUGAGUUUACAAAAAACCAUUGCUAGACAUUUGGAAAUUCUGCUUCAUAAAACACCAUGUCAACCAGUAGGACUUAUUUGGAAGUGAAAAUCAUCUUAUUUUUGAGUGGAAAUCAGUUACCGUUGAGUGAAUUUGAUAUGAUAAAACAUUGUUGAAAUGUUAUGCCAACAUAUUCAGAUUGGGGGAAUAUAUUAAUAUAUGCAUAUAUAUUUAAAGCUCAACUGGGAAUUAGAAAGUUAUCUAUGGAUAUUAGAAUUUUUGACCAUUUAAAAAUGAUUUAUCUGGAAUUACUGUAUAAGUUUAUCAGACUUUGAAGAAUCAAGAGUAUUUUUUCCAUUCGAAGUUUAAAAAUGUAAUGAUUGUUUUUCUUUUUUCUUUUAUUAUAUUCAGUAAUAAGUGGAAACUUUAUACACUAACAUUGUCAAAACAAAGAAUCAAGGAUUGAGAAAAGUUCAAAUUAAUUUAAUAUUGUCUAAGCAAGGGAACAAAUUUAAUUGGUGCAGAUUAUAACAAUGUGCUUUCUUUUUUUUACAACCAGUAAUUGUGUAGUGUAUUGUGGAUUCAUUUAUUGUCAAAGGGUACCAGUGAUAUCGUGGCUUGAAAAAAAAAAAAUUAAUUUUCCAUUUUACAGAUGUCCAAAUUUUUUUCGUCAAGAAACUGACAUGAAUAUUCAUGAAUCUACGAUAUUGCCUGGUUAUUGAUGAUAUUACAGCAAAGAGGUUUCUAAUCGAAGGUGGAGCCUUAAUAUAUUGGUGCCUCUUUUUUUCCAUGUAUGUUUGAAAUUGUGUGACAGGAAUGAAUGAUUUUGGUCAUGUUUGUUUUUAUGCAAGAGGUCAAAGGCUAAUAUAUAUAUUUACAUUCUGAUCAGUUUUUCCGUGAAAUAUUUUUUAUGAUUAAUGUAACUGGAGUAAUGAAAGAUCAUGUUUCAAAAUGUUUUUGAACAAAUAUGAAGAAGUUGCCAUUGAUAUUUUUCAUAGAAAGUGAUUAUAUAAGAAUCAUGUCUUCUUCUACUGUUGAUGUUUUUACACAUAAAAGAACAUUUUUGAUAUUUUUUAUUGAAUUGGAUAGAGGAACCAGUGUAAAACCAGUCAAUCAAAGCCUCUUUCAUGCAUCAGCGAUUUAAUGAAAUUAAUGUUCAUGUACAAAUGAUUUACUUUACAUACAAAUUGAAAUUAAAUCCCGGAGGCAAAUUGAAUAUCUAUUGUAUAACAUUGUGAUCAUAAUUCUGUGUACCGUAUUUAUUUCUGUAUAAAUUGUGAUUUAUAAGAAAUUAUCCUUUAAGUUGAUUAGCAUAUAACACUGAACUCUCUUAUUAACAUUGUCAAGUAACUAAAUAAAAAUUCUGGUUAAAAAAUAGUUAUUCCAAAUAAGACUAAACUGUAUAA